AUGGCAAGCGCCAGAAUUACCAAGCAACUUCUUCUACGCCUCAGUAUUUACAACUACAAGGCUGAGAGCAAGUCUGAGGAAGAGACACACAACAAUUACCACUCCCCUUCCUACUUCCAGGAGAUCAUCCAAAACCUCAAUACCCAGGAUGAGCGAGGUUUGGCCAUUGAUGACCGUGACUUCGUUGUCAAGUUCUAUUUCCACCAAUUCGAGGAAGUCGCAAAAUUCACUUUGGAUCCCGAGUUUAAGGCCAUGCAGCAAGAGAAAGAGCCUUGGGUCUCUAAAUACCGUAUUGUGACAAGUUUGGGAUGGGUCGAAAACUUAUUUCAGGAUGGCAAGGUUGUCAAUAUUCAGGAUGGAAUUGCAAGCUUCCCCGACUUUGUUACCAUGACUGACUUGUCAACUCCGGGUAGUGAUAGUCAGUAG